GAAAAUGGAGAUUGAACAGAGCGAGCAAAGGAGGCAUUCGCCAUCGUUGAUGGUUGUAUGGCAGGCGUCGUGAAACGGGCGGGUCGCUGCAGGGAAGAAUAGAGCGUAUUUUUGUGCUUAAUGACUGUCGAAAGUGGACCGAAUCGAGGAAGAAAAUAGCCGGGAGCAGUAGAAAGUCCAGCGAAUUGGAAUCAGUAAGAUGUCGUCAGCUCAAGUCGAUCGUCCAAUGAAGAUGGGAAGUGUGAAAGAAAAGAAGGAGAGCGAAAAGGGUAAAAAAUCUGUGAACCUUGCUUACAAGAAGCACAAGCACGAGGAAAGUCGUCAUUUUAAGUUCAGCAGAAAACGAUCGCAGAGUUUCACAGGAAAUGGUAAAUUUUUUCCACCUCAUAAGCGGCGUAAGAAAGACGGAGGGAUUAUUCCGCCGACAAAGUUUUUGCUCGGCGGCAACAUCUGCGAUCCGUUGAAUCUGAACAGCAUGCAAGACGAGGAGAUAAACAGAGCGAUGAAUGCGGUUACUCCAAAGUCGAGUCCUCUGCCGACGCCAAAGCACAGAAAAGGCGCCAUCGAAGUUAUCAUUCCGCCAAACAUAUGCGACCCUCUGAAUCUGAACAAUUGUAACGACGACGAUGAGUACGAGAAACAUCUGAUUUCCCCCACAAAAAAGGGCUCCAAGAGACGAAACAGAAAACGCAAACGCGCAUCGUCUGGCUCUGGAAAAGACGACGCUAUCGAACCAGCCGCGGAAGCGAAGAACAAGGAAAAGGAAACGGUGGAAAAUUCUGAACCUGUGCCUGCUGGUGCUGAAGAGAAGAUCGAGAUUAUGCUCGCCCCUGCACCUCUGAGUUCUCCGCCUAGUAACCCUCCGGUGGUGGAAACUAAACCAGAAAUUAUUAGUCCUCAGAAGGAUAAGAACAAAUUACGUCUCAAGGGGCUGGACGAUCUGAAAGACAAACGACUGCGCAAGAUGGACAUUAAGGAUAAAAUUGUCAGCCCUGUUAUCCCGCAACCUGGGGCGUGGAAACCGAGACCGCAGCAUCGUGCUAGUCAGGACAAAAAGAAAAAGGCACAAAAAUUGCCCAACUUUAGAGCCAAGGAUGCGCAGUAUCAAUACGGCAACUAUAACAGGUAUUACGGAUAUCGAAAUGCUCAUGUCGAAGAAGACGGAAGACUCGGCGUGUUCGCUAGAAGAAAAGAGUUAUUCUACGGGAAGGACGUACUGGAUAUAGGAUGCAACAUUGGACAUAUUACACUGUCGGUUGCUCGUGAUUUUGCCGCACGUAGCGUGACCGGAAUAGAUAUCGACAGGAAGCUGAUUAACAUAGCGAGGAAGAAUGUCAAGCAUUAUGUGAAUUGCGUCAGAUCUCCGGCGACUCACGAGGACGGAGAAAAAGGAAAAGACUGCGACGCGAGUUUUUAUCCUCUGUCGAUGCCGAUCAGCUACGGACUUAUCGAUAUACCUGGUUUCACAAAGAACAAAAAUCAAAAAGGCUUCCCAUACAACGUCACCUUUGUACAGGGUAACUAUAUAUUGGAAGACGACGCGCUGCUGGCUUCGGAACAACCACAAUUCGACGCUAUAUUAUGCCUGUCGAUAACAAAGUGGCUGCACUUGAAUUUUGGCGAUUUGGGGCUGAAGAGAGCAUUCAAAAGAAUGCACGCCCAGCUGAGACCCGGCGGUGUACUUGUACUCGAGCCUCAGAGUUGGGGCAGCUACGGAAAAAAGAAGAAUCUCACUGAACGGAUAUACAAAAAUUAUCACAGCAUCGAGUUCUUACCGCACAAGUUUACGCAGUAUUUACUAUCACCGGAGGUUGGUUUCAGUAAAUGCGAGGUAGUUUCCAUACCGCCACAUCCUUCCAAGGGCUUCCAGCGGCCGAUUCAGCUUUUCACAAAGGCACCUCUGAACCCCGAGACUGCAGGUGAACCGACACCAAACUUGGUGGCACAAAGUGAGCGCAGAGAUUUUGAAAGGGAUUUAUUUCCAAAGGAUUCUAAAAAGGACGGAGGAAACAUGUCGGAGAUGAGUCAAAUCAGCACAGAGUCACUUAGUCAGUACGAGCAACUAGAAAAUGUUUACGCGCCCAGCGCCACUCCUUGCUACGACACCCCUUGCUACACCAACGACAGUCAGCCAAUAGAGCCUAAGACGAUGUGUUACAUUGACAUGGAUACAGAGAAUGCCGAAAACGCUGCUGCAAGUGCGGCUGUCGGUGCCAGAGGUGAAAAGAUAGACAUUGGUAACGAUAAUAAGCAGCAACCAAAAGGCAGAUGAUAAGAAAUUUGAAGAACCGUCGGCGAUAAUCACUGCGAGUAAAUUAACCGAGUAUCGACUAAACCAGAUAAAAGUUGGAGCGUGGAACGAAAGGGUGAAAUUUGAAGAAAGAGAAAGAAUGAAAAAAAAAGACUCUACCUACUUUUGAUAAAAGGUAGAUACGAUUCUAGCGGCUAAUUGAUACUUUACUGUCAAAAUUUAACUCGAAACAAAAAGAAAUAUACAGAUAUUGAUAAGUACCAGUGACGACAAUCGCGAAUGCGAUAGCCUAGCUAAAUAGCAUUCUAAAAACUGUAUUUCUGAUCGAAGAGGUGGAAGGUGAUACAUUUCUCUCGGGCUCGGUGGACAAGAAGAAGGAGAAGAAGAAGAAGUGAAAAAAAAAUGAAAAAGUAGAUGAAUCUGAGCUCAAGUAUAAAUGCGGUAAAGUGCGGUAAAACAAUAAUAUGAAUAAAAAAAAAUUCAAAACACUGUAAAGAGUGGUGAACCAAACUAUGAAGAUCGUAAAAGAACUGUGCGAUCGUUAACAACCUGCAAGAUGAAACAGAAAUCGGUUGUAUAAAUACGUACGUAAAUCUAAGGUACAGGCGGUAUCUAUGAGAAAGUAGAAAGAAAGAGACUGGAGAAUAGAUGAAACGAGAAACUUGCGACUAGCAAAAGAGAAGGGAAUUAAUGGAAGAGAGAAAUAUCUAUCUAUAGAUGUAAAAAAAAAAAAAAAAAGGGACAUGAGAGAAGUCCGAAGAGCAGGCACAGCCAGCGACUAGGCGAGUGCGAGCGCGAAAAGUUAAAUCCGAUAAGGCGUAAGUUGGAAUCGUACGAUCGAACUUGAAUUGUUAUUGUUCAGGUUGUAAAUGGUGGUGCUAAUAAGCCUGGUGUGCAUGCGCUGUACCUGAUUACCGAUUUACUUAUUAUUAGCGAAUAGGUACGUACCUCACAGCCAAUGAAACGUCGCUGUUGUUUUACCAUUUGAUUGUCGACUUCUGUUUAUAUUAUAAUAAUAACAUACGUUUAAAAUUACUUAACAUUCUCGCUAUGUAAAUACAUACAUAUAAUAUUCUAGUAU